AUGAAAACAAAAUUUAUUGUCUCUGGAACCUUGAUAAUCCUCAUAGCAUUCAUUUUCCCACCUUUAUUCAUAUAUGUGGCAGAUGGUCUUAGCAAGUUAACAAUAAUUUCAACGGCCUUAUAUUGGAGAACUAUUGCAUCUAUUUUAAUAGCAAUUAUAACAUUUCUAAUUUCAAAAGACGAGUUAAAUAAAAAAAUAGAAAUAGCCAUUAUAAUCCUCGCAAUACCUUUAACAUUAAUUAUGAUAAUUAGUCAUCAACCUUUAGUAUUUUAUGCAACAAAUAAUCUUGAUAGUGUAACAAUAACCUAUUUGGUUUUACUUGAUAGUCUUAUUUUUAUUGUCAAUUUUCUUGAAUUAGCAAAAAGACACUUCACUUCUUAUUGCUCACCAAAAUUAUUUACUUGGGGCGGGAUAAUGCUUGUUUUAAUAUCGUUGUCAAUGGUUAUUUAUAGUGUAGUAAUUGCGAUCAAGUUUGGUUGGAAAUACUCUUAUAUUACAGCUAUAGUUAGAGAUGGGCAUGUUAUAUAA